UCAACACGGUGGUGUCCUGCCUCGUGUUCGUCCUGGGCAUCAUCGGCAACUCCACGCUGCUGCGGAUCAUCUACAAGAACAAGUGCAUGAGGAACGGCCCCAACAUCCUCAUCGCCAGCCUGGCCCUGGGCGACCUGCUUCACAUCAUCAUCGACAUCCCCAUCAACGUCUACAAGCUGCUUGCAGAGGACUGGCCCUUUGGUGUUGAAAUGUGCAAAUUAGUACCCUUCAUUCAAAAGGCAUCAGUGGGCAUCACAGUGCUGAGUUUGUGUGCCCUCAGUAUAGAUAGGUACCGAGCAGUUGCUUCAUGGAGUCGCAUUAAAGGAAUUGGAGUGCCAAAGUGGACUGCUGUUGAAAUUGUGCUGAUCUGGGUUAUAUCAGUGAUAUUGGCUGUUCCAGAAGCUAUUGCAUUUGACAUGAUUACAAUGGAGUACAGAGGAAAGGAUCUUAGAAUCUGCCUGCUUCACCCCACACAGAAAACAUCCUUUAUGAUGUUUUACAAGCAAGCUAAAGACUGGUGGCUGUUUAGCUUUUACUUCUGUUUGCCAUUGGCUAUCACAGCAUUUUUCUAUACUCUCAUGACCUGUGAGAUGUUACGAAAGAAAAGUGGGAUGCAGAUUGCAUUAAAUGACCACUUAAAACAGAGACGUGAGGUAGCCAAAACUGUGUUCUGUCUAGUACUUGUUUUUGCCUUGUGUUGGCUCCCACUUCACUUAAGCAGAAUAUUGAAACUCACUAUUUAUGAUCAGAAGGACCCCAACAGAUGUGAACUUUUAAGCUUUUUUCUUGUGAUGGACUACAUUGGUAUUAACAUGGCUUCACUGAAUUCCUGCAUCAAUCCGAUAGCUCUGUAUUUGGUGAGCAAAAGAUUCCAAAACUGCUUUAAGUCAUGCUUGUGUUGCUGGUGCCAAUCCAAAGACCUGUUGUCCCUGGAGGAAAGGCAGUCCUGUUUAAAGUUCAAAGCUAAUGAUCAUGGAUAUGAUAAUUUCCGCUCCAGUAACAAGUACAGCUCUUCAUAAAACAAGCAUAAAAGGUAUAUUCUUUUACAUUAAUGCUGGUGCCUUUUUAAGUAGAAGUGGCAAUUGCUUUUAACAAGAUGGUUGACACUUGGAAAAAUCUAGUUUUGUGUUUGCACAAAAAAAGAAGAUAAAAAAAAGAAUAAUUGCCCCAAAACUGUGUCAUAUUCAAAAUCACAGACAUUUUUAAAAUCGUCAUUUAUGGAGCAUGAAGAAAAUCUUUGAAAGAACAAGUCAUUGUUAGCACUUGAAUACUUCUGAAUCAGCACUUCCAAAUGAUCCUCACUUCCUGUACAUUAACGAUCAUUUGUAUUUGCUAUAACAGUUGGAGGAACUGAAGUCACAGUAAUUACUAAGCAGUAUAAUAUAACAUUAAUUGGAUCAAAGCCAUUAUUAUAUAUAACUCAAUAUAUUAUCUUUUAUUAAGCAGAUUAACCACCAUCACUAUUGUGUUUUUUUUUAAAUAAAACAUGAAAUACUUUGUAAUAGAAGUUUAAAUGUAAAAUGUAGCAUUUUUACCAGGGGUGUUAUAGAGGUAGCUAAUGAAAAUACUAAAGGAUGCAGUCAAGUCGAA